GCCACUGAUAACAUUAUGCUGCUCUCUCUCCCUCUCUCUGUCUCUACUAAAACUCCAUUUUCCACCACAAACUACUACAACUACUACUACUAUUAUUACUCUUUCUCCUUCCUCCUCCAUACACACACACACAUAUUAUAAAUACCACCUAUUCUAACUGAGCAACUGCUUGCUUGCUUGCUUGCUUACGCGCGGCCAUGGCGUCGGCUGGUCUCUCUGUCGUCAAUUCAUCCCUCCAGGGCAACACAAGCAGAACAGGAUUUUCCGAAUUCUCCGGCCUCCGCAGCUCUUCGGCGUCGCUGCCCUUUGGCCGGAGAUCCUCCGAGGACUGGCAGUCUCUCGUUGCAUUCCAGACCUCUGUUGUGGGGGGGAAGCAGAAGAGGGGAGUGGUGGAGGCGAAGCUGAAGGUGGCCAUCAAUGGCUUCGGUAGGAUCGGCCGGAACUUCUUGAGGUGCUGGCACGGGCGCAAGGACUCUCCCCUGGACGUGGUUGUCAUCAACGACACCGGCGGCGUGAAGCAGGCCUCCCACCUCCUCAAGUACGACUCCACCCUCGGCAUAUUCGACGCUGACGUCAAGCCCGCGGGGGACGAGGCCAUCUCCGUCGAUGGCAAGAUCAUCAAAGUCGUCUCCAAUCGCAACCCGGCCAAUCUCCCCUGGAAGGAUCUGGGGAUUGAUCUGGUGAUCGAAGGAACGGGGGUGUUCGUGGACCGUGACGGCGCCGGAAAGCACAUUCAGGCUGGGGCGAAGAAGGUUCUGAUCACGGCGCCGGGGAAAGGCGACAUUCCGACGUACGUGGUGGGCGUGAACGCCGACGCCUACGACCCGGCCGAGCCCAUUAUCAGCAACGCCUCUUGCACCACCAAUUGCCUUGCCCCAUUCGUCAAGGUCCUCGAUCAGAAAUUCGGCAUCAUAAAGGGCACAAUGACCACCACCCACUCCUACACCGGCGACCAGCGCCUUCUCGACGCAAGCCACCGGGACCUCCGCCGCGCACGAGCAGCUGCUCUCAACAUAGUCCCUACGUCGACCGGCGCGGCCAAGGCUGUGGCGCUAGUGCUGCCAACGCUGAAGGGGAAGCUGAAUGGAAUCGCGCUGCGGGUGCCGACGCCCAACGUGUCGGUCGUGGACCUGGUGGUGCAGGUGUCGAAGAAGACGUUCGCGGAGGAGGUGAACGCGGCGUUCAGGGACAGCGCGGAGAAGGAGUUGAACGGGAUCCUGUCAGUGUGUGACGAGCCGCUGGUGUCGGUGGACUUCCGGUGCACGGACGUGUCAUCGACGGUGGACUCGUCGCUGACGAUGGUGAUGGGAGACGACAUGGUGAAGGUGAUCGCCUGGUACGAUAACGAGUGGGGAUACUCGCAGAGGGUCGUCGAUUUGGCCGACAUCGUCGCCAACAACUGGAAAUGAUUAUGAUGAUUUUGUAGUGAAUUGAUUCUGCCAUUAACUUUGCUUUGUUAUAUAUCCGUUCCACAGUUUUAUUUCUCCUCCUCCUCCUCCUCCUCUUCUUCUUCUUCUUCUUCCGCCAUUAAUGCAUCGAUUUUCUUUAGAUCUCUGCUUCGGCUGGGAAUUGUAACGAGGAUAUAUACAUAUGUUUUUCUCUUGUUUCUUGAAAA